AUGGCUUCGGUUCAAGUUUCUCAACAGGCAGAGUUUGCAGCUAAACUCCCAGCUGACCCAAAGACACCACCAGCAGUCUCGGACGGAGCUUCAACACAGCUCUUGGCGGGCCAACACACCUUGCCAGCAAGCUGGUGGCACUCGGAAAAGAUCUUUGCCUUGGAGAAGCGGGCCAUUUUCCAUAAAUCGUGGCUCUUUUGCAUCCAUGCGUCCCGCUUUGCUAACGCGGGCGACUACUACACGUUCAAUGUCACUGGCAUAAACUUUUUUCUCAUCAAGUCCAAGACGGAUGGCCAGAUCAAGGCGUUCCAUAACGUAUGCCGUCAUAGAGCUUACCCCGUGGUGAGAAAGGAAAAAGGCACCAGCACGGUGUUGGGCUGCAAGUACCAUGGAUGGAGUUACAACGCUGAUGGUAAGCUAAACAAGGCUCCGCAUUUCGACAAUGUUGAAGGGUUUGUCAAGGAGGAGAACUCCUUGUUCCCCAUCAACACCCACGUCACUCCUCAGGGCUUGGUCUUUGUCAAUUUCAGCAGCAACCCCAUGCCUUUCCAGGAUUGGUACUCGGGCCUCACUGAAGAAUUGAAUGAGUUUGACUUUGGUGACUAUGAAUACCACAUGAGCUAUGAAUUGCACGGCGAUUUCAACUGGAAGACCUUGAUGGACGGAUACCAAGAAUGUUACCAUUGUCCCACGGCUCACCCCGGUUUGAACUCUGCAUUCAAGAUGGAGACUUAUAAAGUGGUGCCCAAGAAUAGAUAUUGCCGUCACUAUGCUGCGAUUGUGCGAAACGAACCGGAGGCUAAAGAAGAGCCUGUUGAAGCUGAACAAGAGAAAUCAUCAUCGUGGUUUGGAUUCGGCAAAAAGCCACCUCAACAACAAGCAAGUACAAAGACGGCUAAAGCAGCCAAGGCCAAUCCCGGGGGAGAGUUUGAUGGAUUAUGGGUCUACUUGUACCCAAACAACGGAGUCAACUGCUACUCCCCCGCAUGGUACUCGAUCCGCGUCUUGCCCUUGAGCGCCAAAAAGACAACGUUGCAAUACGACAUUUACACCAAAAAGGGCCUCGACGAGAAAUCAAAGAGGGAGUUUGUCGAUUUCUUGCAGUUGGUUGAAAUCGAAGACUUUGAUCUUUGUCAAUUGACUCAGCGUAAUUUGAAUGAAGGCAUUUACAGCUCGGGCUACUUGCAUCCGCAAAAGGAAAGAGGCGUGUUGUACUACCAGGGCCUAGUGCGUGAUAUGAUUAAGGAGCAUUUGGAGUUGGAGAAAAAGAAUGGCGGUCCCGUCGAUCCAGCUGUGGUCAAAGCGAACCCCAAGAACAAAGAUAUCCAGGAAUUGGAGGCUAUAUGUGACUCUGUCGAUUGCGGCAGCUCGAGCGGUGGUGAAAUGGACUGGUGA